AUGCAGAUGCAGAUGAUGCAUCCGAUGCAGCCGAUGCAGCAGAUGCAGCCAAGCUUGGUGCUGCAGCAGGCUGUGCUCAAGCAGCCAGCGGUGCUGUCGCAUGCGCGGCCAGCGCAGCCGUGGCUUGGACAGGUGCAUCAGCUUGGUCAGUUGAAUCCUGCGCGGCCCAUGGCGAUGCCAGUGGCGAUGCCAGUGGCGAUGCCAACGCCCAUCGUGAAGGCCGUGGUCAAGCCCGUGGCCAGGCCAUUACGUUGGGUUUAUGCUGCCCCUAUGCAGCGCAACCAAAUCAACCAAGGACGCACCAAUCAGGUGGUCCUCCGAUGCCAAGAGCUUGUGGCGACGAAGGUGAUGGCUCCAGAACAGAAGGAGCUUCCCAAGGAGCUUCCCAAGGAGCUUCCCAAAGAGGUGGUGUCCAUGCAGGUGAAGCCACGGCGCAAAGAGCUCCCGCUGAUUGAGGGUCAAGUCCCCAAAGACGCCGGUGUGGAGGGCAUGCACCCAAUCGAUUUCAAAGCGUUUUGGGAGCAGAAUCAGCAAAAUAUGAUUGUGAUCGACCUGCGCGGGCAAGACCGAGCAAGCGGAGCAAUUCCAGGCACGGCACACAUCCCGGCCAUGGAUUUGCUGAAAGAGAUCGGGACGUACGUGGAGAAGUUUCAGCACCAGCCGAUUGUGGCAUUUUUUUGCCAAUAUUCGGCGCAUAGGGCUCCGACAGCCGCCAACUUCUUCAGAAAGAGCUGCCCGUCCAAGCAGCGCGUCGUGGUGCUUGAAGGAGGCUUCAGGGGAUGGGAGGCCCAUGACCUCCCUAUCCAGCAGAUGGAGACGACAAUGUCUCAGAUGGCGUGUGACCAGCUGGCCUUGAAGAUUGGCCAGAAUGUCUCGAAGGUCAACUGA